AUGGCCUACGUACCCCAAAUCACAAAUAAGAAAGCCAAGAAGGUCAAGACAGUCAAUACCCCCAAUACCACCAUUAAGAAGACCACCAAUAGGAAGACUGCCAGGAAGAGCGCCAAUAGGAAGACCACCAAAAAGGCUCCCAAUCCUCCUGUUGAUCUUAACAAGCUUUUCCCAUCCUGGGGCUCUGAAGACGCACUGAACCAGACGGCAAAUAAGGAAGCUACUGAUAUCAUUCUAGCCGUGUACCAUGACAUCAAUGCCUACUGCAACCUCGAGAGACAUGCGAGAAACAAAGUUUACGGUUCUCAAGAGACGUUCUACAACCUGCUUGUCUUCACAGAAGGCUUUGUGGAGCGGGAAAUCGGCUACUACACGUCCUGCGUGGAAUCAUUCAAGGCGGAACACGGUGAGUUCCAACCUGUCACACCUAAUAGUAGAUUCUUAGAAUUCGUUACUGGGCUCGGGUGGAAGAUGUUUGCUAUCUUUUCCCAUGCCGAAGCAUUCCGACGGGGUAUCAAAGAAGCCGACGAUAGGACCUGGGGGCUCCUGCUCGAGAAGAUCCACGAAAACUCCAUGAGUAUUGAACUUUAUGCGCACAGUCGUACCCUGAAGUGGCGUAAUAUUCUUCAGGUCUACCAGGACAACCCCAUCCCAGGCCUGCCAGAUAUGAAACCCGAAAUCGAGACAUACAUGGGAUGGAAAGUCGACCACCCUCAUCACACGGUCAUCACGCUUGAUGGCAAGCUAAAGGAACCCACAUACAAUGGCAAGUUACAGCAACACAUCAACGAGAGUAUCUAUGAUCCCAAGAAGUGGAGUGGUCAGAAACAGGACCCGACACUUCGCAAGAAGCCCAAUGGCAGUUCAACCAACGUCGGACGCAACUGUGUUCUAUGCGGUAGCCCUGUUUCUUGUGACUGCCGCUUGAAAUCUCGGGCAGGAGAACUGGUUGAGCUUAGAGAAUACACCGAGAAGGGUACUGGUGUCCGAGCGCUGGCGAGAUUCGGGCGCGGUGAUAUUCUCGAUAUCUUCAUGGGUGAGCUCCUUCCCCACCCCGCAGAGGAUGUUUAUCCUCUAACACAAAGCGACGACAAAUUGAAGUUCUCCAAUCUGUGUACAAUUUGCCCUCACCAGUUUGGCAACUGGACUCGUUAUAUCAGCCACUCGUGCCGGCCCUCGACGCAAUUCAUGACUCGCACCAUUGGAAAACGAGUUGUGUGCACGGUUGAAGCCAUUCGCGAUAUUCUGCCAUUCGAAGAGAUUACUGUUAGCUAUGGCAAUAAGUACUGGGAGUCUGUCGGCUAUAACUGCCUAUGCGGACACUGCGAUGGUUCUGGGACUGACUAG